AGUUUUUCCCGCGAAAGAGGACAACGCAGAAGUUUCCUCUGUCUGUCCACGUACACCGGGUUUCUCGUGGAUUUAACAAACCUGACUACCUUUUAAAAAACACUCAUCCUACAGUAGUUUGGUUUGUUAACGAUCCGAUUCAGUAUGUCUGGCUUUGACAACCCGGGAGUUUUCUUCAGUGACAGUUUUGGAGGAGAGGGACAUGGCGUGGAUGAAGGUGUACAAAAGAGGAGCCACAUCAAGAAACGGUUCCGUGAGUUCCUUCGGCAGUUCAGAGUGGGGACCGACCGCACCGGAUUCACAUAUAAAUACAGGUAUUUGAGUCAUAAAUGCUAUUUAUAGUAUUCAGUAGUACUUAAAACAUGCAAAAUACAGCAUUAAACACAACGCAGAUGAUGUUUCUCUAUAGACAAUGGAGUGUGCAGCAAAAACAAUGCAAGAGCCCCCCAGUGAAAACUAAAAUUUAAAGCUUAAUAGGCGCAUUAUCUCAAGUGUAUUAAGUUUUUCAAUCAUGUGGUUUGGCUGUUUUAUGUUUAUGCCUUUAGAGAAACCAAACCUCGAAAAUCUACACUGACGAAACUCUGAAAACUCUAAGAUCGAUAUUUGAAUUAUUUUCAUCAAAGUUUCAUCAAACGAAUAAUCUUUUUCCUGAAACAUCAAUCCAACGAAGUUUAAGUUUGCUUGUUAAAAGGAGCACAUACGAUCAAGCAUGCGUCUGGAAGCGGUGGGGUUGCAUUAUGGGAAAUGUAGUAUCCAUUCUCAAAAGUCUGUCUAUAAUGUCCAAAAAGAAUCUCAAAUACAGGACAGUUUUCUACCUCACUUUAGUCCAUCUUUGGGGCCCAGAUAAUUUCCUAGCAUUACUGGAUCAUGUUUAUGUGCUGUAUGGUUUCUCCUCUGCUUGGCACAGUUGAACCUUCCUCCUGUGUUAGGGUCUGCACCCACCCGUUGUUGAUUUUAAAUGCUUAAAAGAACCACCACAAUAGGGUUUUUGCAUUAAGACUUUUAGACUUAGUCAGGAAACUCUAUUUCGACAAAAUAAAAAUAAAAACAUAAACAAAAUUAUAAAAUUCUCUAUAAUAUGGCGACAAACUGCCAUCACAGACAGCGGGUUUUUAGAAAGUGAAUCUGUGAUACUGUGGUAAAUUUCUCUACAGAGUCAUGUCUGUUUUUAAUGUGAGUCACAUUCACGGGGAACAGUUUCCAGAAGAUCCAAUUGUUAUUAGAAUAUCAAUUCUAAGCCCUCUCUACUGGAACACUCUGAUAUUUAGAAACACUAACAAAAAUUUUUCGUCUCUUUCUUUCAAAUCAGAGAUGAGCUGAAGAGACACUACACCCUCGGGGAGUUCUGGGUGGAGGUGGAGAUGGAGGACUUGGCUAGUUUCGAUGAGGAUCUGUCUGAUUGUCUCUACAAGCUGCCGACUGAGAACAUCCCGCUGGUGAGUCGGUAACCUACUUCUUAAUCUCUCUUUUUCCUCAAGUCAGCUCUCCUCUAACUGUUAUGUCUGUUUUCCAGCUGGAAGAGGCUGCAAAGGAGGUGGCGGAUGAAGUCACACGCCCCCGACCUGCAGGAGAGGAGACGGUCCAGGACAUCCAGGUCAUGUUGAAGAGUGAUGCCCAUCAUGCCUCUAUUCGUGGCCUCAAGGUAUCUCUACUGCUCCUCAUAUCUCACACACGACAUUCAUGAUCUUUUUUGUUUAAUGAGCCUUUUGACCAGUUUCUUCCCCGCUGAUCUUCCCCUGCAGUCAGAACAGGUCUCUCGUCUAGUGAAAGUGCAAGGCAUCAUCAUCUCAGCCACCGCCGUGAGAGCGAAGGCCACCAAGGUGUGUCUGCAGUGCCGCGGGUGUCGCUCCGUCAUCAAUAACAUCCCCCUGCCUCCAGGUCUGCAGGGUUACGCUCUGCCACGCAAGUGCAACAAGUGAGUGUGGCUGUCCACAUCAAACAGAAGAGCAAAUAACAAAUAGAAAUAAACUGCUCCAUUAGAGAAGUCAUAAGGUCAUUUGUGCAGAUUCAACUUCGUGAUUUCCUCCAAUUAUCUGCACAUUCAACCAUCUUUUGUUCUCCUCGCAUCAUUAUACAUGCACUCACAUUCAUUUCAAUAUUACAAACAUAUUUUGUCCUUUUACUUAAGUGAUGUCUCAAACACCUCUCAGCUCUGCCAAAAAUAUAUAUUUUUUUUUUGGUUUUAGUUUUUAAAUCGAAUAGAAAAAUUUUUCACCUCUCAGGGAGGACGCUGGCAGAGUCAAGUGCCCCGUCGACCCCUACUUCAUCAUCCCAGACCGCUGUGUGUGUGUGGACUUCCAGACCCUCCGCCUGCAGGAGUCUCCUGAUGCUGUUCCUCACGGAGAGAUGCCCAGACACCUGCAGCUCUACUGCGACAGGUGAGGAGGUUUUAUCCUGAGGGAACAAAUCAAACCUGGGAGGCUGUUUUCUGCUGCUGUGCUCUCCCAGAAACAUAAAUGUUAAUGUUUGUCUUGUUAAAUCAAACUCCUUCCUCUUCCUCCCCCGUGUCCCUCACAGGUAUCUGUGUGACCGCGUCGUCCCAGGAAACAGAGUCACCAUAAUGGGGAUCUUCUCCAUAAAGAAGACGGCUGCAAAGACUGGAGGCAAAGAGAAAAGUGCCGGUGUGGGAAUCCGCUCGUCUUACCUACGAGUGGUCGGCAUCCAGAUGGACACAGAGGGGACAGGUAAAGAUGGAAGGAGCACUUUUAGUCUCAUGAAGCAUUAUAUUUAGCAGGUAAAGAGAAAGCUAAAGGAUUGAAUAUUUCUUGUCUUUCCAGGUCGUGGUACCACUGGAUCUGUCACUCCCCAGGAAGAGGAGGAGCUCCGAGCUCUGGCUGCUACUGCAAACAUUUACAAUUCUCUGGCUAGCUCCGUGGCUCCCUCCAUCUAUGGCAGCGAUGAUCUGAAAAAGGCCAUCACCUGUCUGCUGUUCGGAGGGUCGAGGAAGAGGUGAGGAAAAGGAGCUCCACAUUUUCAUCCUCUCAGACCUCGACACACACAAACACAGCUUGUCCCAGCUCUUCACAUUGGCGCAAAUUCGUGUUUUUUCUCAUCACAUUUUAGCCGUCGUUGCACUUGACUGUUUUAGUCUUGAGUUGGUGAAGUAAAGUGAUCACAUGUGAACUUUUUCUAUCUUCAAACUCAUUCAAUGAAACAGUCAGAAAUUAGUAUGAGGGCUGUGUUGAAUGCUUUCAGGAGCAUGUCUGCUAAAGCUUUCAGUAAAAUUUAAAGGGUGCUGUUAGUGUUUUUGCACCACAAUUUCAAACAGCCUCCUACAGGUAUUUACACUUGCUUGGUUAGAAGAGUUUUCCUAUAGAUGUUCUUAGCAGUGUUUCAUGUUUGGUUUUAAUCACUGAGUUUUUACAAAGAAAACCUAAAAACUACUGAAAGAAGAUUUGUCAUUUUUACUGACAGUGAUGUACUUUAAGAAAAUGAACACCGCACCUCCUCUGAUGGCAUUGAAUUGUCAGUAUAUUAGAGCCUUGAGUAAGUUGUUCUCCUGUUUUGUGUCCUCUCAGGCUGCCGGACGGUCUCACUCGUAGAGGAGACAUCAACCUGCUGAUGCUGGGAGACCCGGGUACCGCCAAGUCUCAGCUGCUCAAGUUUGUGGAGAGAUGCUCGCCUAUCGGGGUAUAUGUCAACUCUCCUCCUGUAGCCAGGCAGCUUUAAUACAUCCUGCUAUUGUACAGUCAAGUUAAAUCUGACUUGAUUUGUCUUUAUCUGCUCUUAUUAAGGUUUACACUUCUGGUAAAGGCAGCAGUGCAGCCGGUCUCACCGCCUCUGUUAUGAGGGACCCGAGCACUCGUGGUUUCAUCAUGGAGGGAGGAGCCAUGGUGCUGGCUGAUGGAGGUGUCGUGUGUAUUGAUGAGUUUGACAAGGUAAGAAAUAUGUCUUGUUUAAUCUGAGUGUAAAAAGUAUUUAUUUCUAGACUUAACAUAUGAAGACUCGGCUUUGGCAUGGAUUUAAAAGGGAGGGAAAAGAGAGACAAAGAUGAGACUAGCGUGCGACGAGAGCAACAGAGCAGAAUUCCUCCAGGCCUGAAGUUCACACGGCAGGUCUGAUUGGAGUUAACGUUAGUGUUUCCUGUAGAGCUGUGUUUAUGCCUUGAAGAUGAAGGUUAAUGCAUUAGCGUCAUUUCAGUUUUCAUGGUUAUUGUUUCUUUAUGUAACAGCAGGUUAAACUUCAGUCUUUACACCUUUCAUUUCAUUCCAACUUUGCUUUUACAGAAUAUUUCAUUGUGUACUUGUAGUGAAUUCCAAUCACUUAAAUUAUGAACUGAUAUCUUUCUCACUGAAACAAUAAUAAUCUGGUCUAGGUUUUAAUUGCUCUACAGAAGACUAGGAAAUUACUCACCUCUAAACAUCCCUGUGAUCACUUGCUGCAGCUGUCGUUGAAAAACUGUUUUUUCUUAUCAUUAGAUGAGAGAGGAUGACAGAGUGGCCAUUCACGAAGCCAUGGAACAACAGACCAUCUCCAUCGCCAAGGUAUGUCCCAUAAGAUUAUUUAUAAAAGACAUUUUUUUUCUGGCUGUACUGCGUAGUAAACAGUUCAAACCCACGCUGUGACUCCUCCCAGGCCGGUAUCACCACCACCCUGAACUCCCGCUGCUCCGUGCUCGCUGCUGCCAACUCUGUGUUCGGCCGCUGGGAUGACACGAAAGGGGAGGACAACAUCGACUUCAUGCCCACCAUCCUGUCCCGUUUCGACAUGAUCUUCAUCAUCAAAGACCAGCACGACCAGCAGAGAGACAUGGUGAGGAGCAGGAUGGUUAAGAGUUGAAGGUUCUGUUUUUAAAUCCCUGAAAGUAUGAAGUUGAAUGAUUUGAAAAUCCUGUCUUUUUGCAGACGUUGGCUCGUCACGUGAUGAACGUUCACCUGAGCGCUCAGACUCAGACCGAGGGCGUCGAGGGUGAGAUCCCACUGGCGACCUUUAAGAAAUACAUCGCCUACGCCAGAGCGUGAGUAUCUGACUUUGCAUUACUGAUAACAUAAAUUUUAUUUACGUGCAUGAAUAUUUGGCUGAUUGUUGGUGUUUUCUUGCAGGAAAUGUGGCCCUCGUCUGUCUGCUGCAGCCGCCGAGAAGCUGAAGAACAGAUACGUGCUGAUGAGGAGUGGAGCGAGAGAGCACGAAAGAGAGACGGACAAAAGACCCUCCAUCCCCAUCACUGUCAGGUAUGUCUGUAUACCACCUUUUGGCAUCCUUAUGUUCCCCCAUGCAUGUACAUCUUUCCUCCUGCCUUGAGAAACUAAGCCUAAUUUCUUCACGUUUCUGUCCCUGCAGGCAGCUGGAGGCCGUGGUGCGUAUCGCAGAGUCUUUGGCGAAGAUGAAGUUGCAGGCUGUGGCUGGAGAGGAAGAGGUAGACGAGGCUCUCCGACUCUUCCAGGUGUCCACACUCGACGCUGCUCUCUCUGGCAGCCUCUCAGGUUAGUGUGUGUUGAAUGUGAAAUACUUUUAAUUAAAGCCAUGAUUAGAUUCAUGAGUGAAUGAUUUAAAGUUGGGCAGAAGGGUUGAACAAAGUGCUUAAAGAAGUAAUAAACAACUAAAGUAGUUGUCUCAACUUAGCAGAUGAACAACUAAAAAUGCAAAAUUGAAAAUAAUGGAGAAAUGGCAAAAGUGGAUGAUUGGUUGAAGUUACUUGAUGAAAUUUAUUUAAAAAAUCAUCAAACCGGCUGGCAAAGUCUUGAAAUGGAGGUUUAAAUCACUUAUAUACAGUAGAAUAGCUGGCUAAAUAGGUCACCUACCUCAGAGUAACAGACAACAGUGUAAAAUGUCAUAAAAAUAUUGAUGGAGAGAAUUUCUUUUAUCUUUCUCAAAGACAAAAGGCAGAUGUUUUAAAUGGAGAGGGUAAUAUUGUUGAAAAUGCUGAUGACAGACUGCUCUCUGUCAAUUCUUAUGUUUAAAAAGUCUUGAAUCUUGCCUUUGAAUCCAACACAUUGAAAUUAAUGACAUUUGAUUUUUUUUUUUUUACCAGGAGCGGAGGGCUUUACUUCUCAGGAGGACCAGGAAAUGAUCUCUCGUGUUGAGAAGCAGCUGAAGAGACGCUUUGCUAUUGGUUCCCAGGUUUCAGAGCACAGCAUCGUCCAGGACUUCACCAAACAGGUUAGUACGAGGAAAAAACCAUACUUCAAAAUCCAGAAUAGAAGUAUAAAUAACACCAUCUGCACUUGAGGGUUUCACAGAGGGGAACGGUAAAUCUUCUUCCUUGGUAACAAAUCCUUCUUUGUUCAGCAAUGUGCAAUUUCUGUGCAGCUGUGUAGUUUGCUAAGGCUUAAUCUUUUUUCACCAUGUGGAGUCUGCAGUGACUUGGGUAGUGAAGUACAGACCCAUUGCUGAAGACCUACAGUCAGGCUAUCCCCCCUCUGCUAGUCUAAAUGAGACUUUCUGUGUCUUAAAGCAGCACUCUACAAGAUUUUUUUACUUCAUGGUAAACCCCAGAUUUCUGGAAAUCUAGUUAUAGCCUAAUGAGGGAGGAAAGAUUCAGCUCACUUUCUGAUUGGAAAAAGUAUUACAAGUACAUUUCACACACUUCAGUAUAUUAACUGUGUGGUAUUACUUUACAGAAAUAUCCAGAACACGCCAUCUACAAAGUCCUGCACUUGAUGUUGAGGAGGGGCGAGCUGCAGCACCGCAUGCAGAGAAAAGUCCUCUACAGAGUCAAAUAGAGCAAAUUCUGCUCUAAAACAAAUCCAUAACGAUGUUAAUGUAAAUAGUUUUGAUCUGCAUGUUCAGUGUAUUUGUUGAUGGACCCAUAAGAAAAGUUUCUGGUCUGUUAUGGUGAAGAUUUGAUGUGUCUGUGGUUGUACAUGAGUUUAUGAAAGCUUGUCUGAUUUCAUGCAUAGAAAUGUAAACAAUAAAACAAUAAAAUAUUUGUGCCACUGUUACACAACUGUUCGUAGUUUCUGUGUGAUGUGCCAACAUAACUAAGAUCACUAAA